CUUUGCAACAUCAACCGGGCUGCAGUGCCUCAGGCUGCAUCCCUCAGGGACAACCAGCAGAGGGCAGCACGUGUUAACAGUUUGAUCUGUGGCAGCGUCGACGAAUCAUCUUUAGAUUUAGAAAAUAAAAGCACACUUUGUAUCUUUUAUUUCUUAACUAAGUAAAGUUUCACAGUAAAAAUCCAGAAAAUCUCAACUAGCUUCCCUCAGAGAGACGACACAACCUGUGACCUAAUGAACUGAGUGUCUGCUUCGUCUGUCCCAAUCACUUGGUCCUGUCUCUUUAAGACCCCUGCCUGAUUAAGCUCUGCUCUGAUUGGUCAGCCCGAACACUCUCUUGCGAUUGGUCAACAGCUUCCAGCGCGUGUACGAAAUGUCUGCGUUCGCUGUUUGUUUACCUGGAUUUGAGAAUUGAAAACUGUGUCGGGGUCUUUUAUCUUCUUCUGACUGAUCAGCUGUUUCAGGAGCUUCACAGAUUCUGGACUUUUUAACUUUGCAGAUCUUUUAAAUUCACAAAACCUUUUCCACUUGUCAAGUCUGACUCAAUCAGUGAUUCAGGGUUUCAGUGGAAACUGGGAAACGUGGCGUGCGGGUGAACGCUCGUCAGCUUCUGAUGCAUCUGUGACGUCCACUGACGGGAAAGGAGUCGAUCACCUUUUCAUUUCACAGAUUUACAGUGUUAACUUCAUGUUGGUGUAAAAGACCAAACACUGAAAAACAUGUCUCCUGUAACUCACAACAACAAACUUCUUAUUUAAAUCCAUUAAACAGUUAUUAAAUAUCGUUAUUAUCAUCAUCAACAGUCAAAGUUUUGUUUUUAUAGUUUUUAUAUUUCUUUGUGGGCCCUGCUCCUUGUCGUCGUUUCUUUCACUGCUCAAACUUUGUGGACGGUCCCUAACUGUGAUGCGUUCAGGGACCGGCUCAGAGGCUCGGACACUGCGCUGCUGAAACUCCUAACCUGAGUGUCCAGGGGAAAGUGGGUGAAGAUGCACCGAGGCUGAGCUGCGGUGAAGACCCGGGACUCCGCUCCUCUGUGGCGGGACUCAGCUGCACGGUUCUCCCGGUCAGAGGAGGCCAGCGACCGGACGUCCGGACGAAGUUUACGUGUAAGAACGAAGGUUUCACCUCUGACAUGAUGAGUUCACUGCCGCAGCUCAGCUCCAGGACGUUUCUGGUGAAGAAGAAGAAGUUUAAGUUCCAGGUGCACUUCUCUCUGGAUCAGCUGACUGCGGUGCCCUUUGUCAACGGACUGCUCUUCUGUAAGAUUCGACUCAUCGAUGGAGGAGACUUCUCCGUCCUGUCAUCCAGGGAGGAGGUGCAGCAGAACUGUGUUCGAUGGAGAAAGAAGUUCUCGUUUGUGUGUAAGAUGAGCGCCAACCCCAUCACCGGAGUGUUGGACCCCUGCGUCUGCAGAGUCUCUGUACGCAAGGAGCUGAAAGGAGGAAAGGCCUUUUCGAAGCUCGGUUUCGCUGAUCUCAACAUGGCAGAAUUCGCUGGAUCAGGCUCCACAGUCCGCUGCUGCAUCCUGGAGGGUUACGACACCAAACACACCCGACAGGACAACUCCAUCCUCAAGGUAACAAUCGGGAUGAGUCUUCUGUCCGGGGAUCCCUGCUUUAAAACGCCUCCCAGCACGGCCAAGUCUGUCUCCACCGGGGACGAGGACCCGACCCUGCAGCUGGACCGCAAGGGAGAGAGCACUGAUGCCACGGUGCAGCCACCAGGGGGCAUCCUGGAGGGAUCUCGCACCUUCAAACCACGACAGGCGUCAGUACGUAGCUCAGGGCUGCCUGAAGAGGGGGGGAAUCCAGAUGACGUCUUUCACUCUGGUCAUUUCCGCAGCUCCAGCUACGCCAGUCAGCACAGCAAGAUAUCAGGUUACAGCACAGGUCACUCUCGCUGCUCCAGCCUGACGGACCUCAGUCACCAUAGAAACGCUUCGUCCAGCAGCAGCGCUUCCUGCGGACCCGCCCACUCGGCCCCGCCUCCUCCCUCCAGCCCCACUGAGCCUCAGAGGCUAGCGACGCCCACCAGACCCGAGCGGCCGCCUCCCCCCUCUGCAGCGGCGUUCAUGUCCAACAGAUCGUCCAGGAGGAAGAAGGACACGGUGGAGCGACAGCACAGCUGCGUGGACGACACUCGCAUUGACGCUGACGACAUUGUGGAGAAAAUCAUCCAGAGCCAGAACUUUUCUGACGGCAGCAACAACGAAGACAGCAACUUGAGGCUGUUUGUCAGUAAAGACGGGACGACAGCUCUCAGCGGGUCGCUCGCCAACAGAGGAACUCCUGGUAUUUUUGAGCCGGUCGUCAUCGAGACUCACUGAGACGCCUCCUGAUCGUCUGUGGCCGUGCGUCACGCUGCAGCUUUAGUAAACAUCUCCGUACGCACCAAACUGUUUAAACGUCCACUGUACAGGAGGUGUUUCUUAGUUUGUUGUUUCAGAUCUGUGACAUUUGACUGAAGAGAGAUUCAAGGAUGAGUCUGAAACACUUCCAGUGAAACUUCGACAAAUACUUGAACAAAUCCCUUAAAAAACCACCCGACUGUGAGAAGUGUAGUGCAACACUGACAUGAAAUGAUGCGUUCAGGGUCCUUAUCAACUCCAUGACUCCCAGUGUCCACAUCUGGUUGAUCUUUAUGUGAACAUCAGGUUCAGAUUUGUCCAUGUUCGUCAAACGUCUCUUCUGCCUUUUCUCAGCUUCAGUUGAUGAUGUCAUGUUUCAAAUUCCCGGUGAUUACGGUGUAAGUGUUUUCUUACGAGUUGAGGAGGAUCCUCUCGACUCAGAACCAGAAGCUGUCGAGAGGUUCUUACUGGGGACAGGAAAUCAGCCUGGAACUGGAUCAAAAGCUUUUAUCAUACUUUAAAGUUAUUUGAUGAUUGUUUAGAAAAUGAAUAUAGUAUUUUGCACAUUUUUUAAAAACCACUAAAAGGAAAUGGUACAGAUUUUGUUCAAAUGGCACAUGACAUGUUUUUAUUUUAAAGUUCUUUAUUCUUUUUCAUUUCAAUGCUUCUUGUUCUCAGACAGAAUCUAUCGUGAGCUGCUGUGAUGACACAGAGUCUGAGUUCAUAUGGUCGGCCAUUUGUAACGUCCUGCCACAUUUCUGCAUGAACGUUUAUUCAUUACUCAUAAGUUUGUGAAUCAUUAGUCAUUAAAAACUUUUUUAUAUUUCAAGGGGCUGAGGAGAAAUUUAAGUUAAAGCUGCAGUAACUUGUUAACGCUUCGGUUAAAAGCUUUAAAACGUGUAUGAGUCAAUAUUUAUCACGUCACGGUUAUAGCGUAGAAAGUAAACAUGGAACCAAAAGGGAAGCCAAGUCAUCUUGAUCGCCCCCUGGUGGCUGGCUGCAGUACAGGCUUCUCUCAGCCAGGCUGCACUCCUCAGUUUUACUUAGUUAUUUGAUGAUACAUAAACGGGCUGAGAUGUCAUGAUUGACAGCUGAGCCUGACUCAGGAUUGGUCGAGCGCAUGGAAUAUAAUAUAAAUAAAGAUGGACAACAUGAAGGCUCCUGAAAGUGAAGCCACAGCAUCUUUAUCACCCCCUGGUGGUGAGAUUUCCACUGCUUGAUCACAUCUGCACAGCGUCUGACUACAAAUUAUGUUGUCACCACAAGAUGGCAGCGUUCGUAUCUGUGAUGUUUUGGCUUCAUUUCCGUUUGGAUAUAUAUAUAUAUAUAUAUAUAAAUAAUUUUGGGUCCAGCAGGCUGGUCUUAAGAUUCUUAAAGGAUUUUAUGUUUAAGCUAAAAUCAAACACUUGUAUUUUACAGUGACGUCAGAGAAAACGCAGUAAAGCGAAAUGUUGUGUUGAUGAAUCAUUUUUAACUGAUUUGUUCCAGAAAUAAUUUUCCUUUUCUUUGCACUCGCCCAAACGUUGUCUGUGAUAUUAUGAUAUAAUUGUACAACCAUGAACUUUUGUUCAUGCAUGAGGUGGAUGGGAUUUUUCUCUUCUUAUUGAAUGAACUUAAACUGAAUAAUAAUAAUGGGAUUAUGUUGCAUUUGUACUGGUGAUACUGAUAUAAUUCACUUUAUAGGGAGGUUUUGGUGAAGAGAAUAUAAACAUAUUUUAACUGUUGUAACUUAAUAAAGUCAAAUUAUGACAUUGGAGCUAUAAUCAUCAAAUGAGGAAAAUAAUGAAUAUAUGCAUAUAAAACACAGUAUUAAAAUGUUA